CUUUUGCUAACAACACAAACUAUGGUGGCCAAAGGAUCCAAGUCUUCCACACCAGCAACUUCUGCUGAAGAAUCACAUCCUGCAUAUUCCUUGAAGAUAGGUAGUGCUGACCAAAAGCAAACCUUAGCUAAACAUCAUCCUGUAAAAUUACCAAAUCAAAAUGAAUACAACACUGAAGAAUUGGACAAUUUACGAGCCAGCUUCAAGUAUAUAUAUGUUAUUAAUUGGUUGUAUAACUUUCGAGGAUUCCUUAAGUUACAGUCCGAGUUAUUUGAUGUUGAUUUGUUUGAGUUGGAAUUAUUGAAUUAUUUUCCUAGCGGUGGAUAUGGAGCGAGUGAACAACAGCUGGUUUUGUUCAUAGAUAAGUUAAAGUUGAAUUUAAUUUCAACAUUGCAAAAUUCAAAAUUGUCCUCGUUGAAUAAUUUCGAAAAAAUUUUCAGAUUAUGGUUUGGUAUCGAGACUCCAUUAGGCGGGAAAGAAGAGGAAGAAGACGAAGCAGAAGAAACAGCAAACACUAAACAUGAAGAAGAAGUUGACAUUAAAUUUGAUCAGUUGAAGAUCUCUGACAAAUUUGAAAUCUUAUACAUUUUAAUCUCAUACAUUUCAAACUAUUCCAAAUUUAGAGACUGGAUAGACAAAACUGGAUUAACAUUUGAUCAAUUAAGAGUGAACUCAAUAUUCACCCCACCUUCCAAGAAUAGCUCCCAAGAUGAAUAUUUCUUGCUAUUCGAAGAUAACAGACUUUAUAAAAGAACCAUCACUUAUAACCAGUUGGUAAUCCCCAAAAAGAGAAAAUUAUCACCGGAAAACCCCAAUGAAUAUUUUAAUUCAAACUCUUUUGAUGUAAAUAUGUCUAAAAUCAAGUUUGAAUUGGUUUACAAAGAUAUUUAUGAAUUAAAUGAAUAUUUAAAAAAAUCACACAAGAUCAAACCAAUAGUGACAAAAAUUUCUAAAACAGUUGAUGCAGUUUUCAAUCACGAAAUUCGGAAACGGAAAUUCUUAAUUAAUAAACGUAAAGAAAUUCAAUUAGUUACCUUGUUAGCCACCAGAAAGAGAUCUUCUAGAUUGGAAGCAAAGGAAAAACAACGUCAACAAGAAUUAGAAUUACAAAGACAACAAGAAGAGAUUGAAUUAGCAUUGGCUGCUGAAAAACGGUUUGAAAGAAGGACAAGAUUGAAGGAACAACAAUUGAAACAACAUCAAGAUUUUACCAAUGGGUUAACCAGAGAAGAAAGAUUAAGAUUAAGACUUGAUAAAACUCCAGCAUUCACCCCAACUCCUGAAGUCGAAGUUGUAUCACUCGAUUCGGAAGGUGAAACUGCUGAAUUUCCAGUAACUAUUCAUUUGGAACAUCCUGAACAAGUGAAAACUCCAACUCCAUCCUUGUCUCAUACGGCAAUUGACUUGUCUAGUCCUUCACCUGCAACAACCCCCACUAAGAGUGAAACUACGCCAAUUAAGACCACGACAAAUGUUCAUCAUAUACAAUCACAGGAGUCAAAGCAAGAAUUUCCCAUUGAGAAAGUAGUUAACCAACAAUCAAAUGUUCCACCAAUUGUGACAACAACUAAUAUAAACCCGGAAAAACCCAUUUCACCUAUUGUCACUACCACAAAUCAAAUUGUAAAUCACUAGCAUUGUUACUGUCAACUGUAUUACUAUUUAGAAAUAAAAUCUGUAUUAUAACUUUCUGCUCUUGUCCUCAGAUUUAGUAAAGUAUCUUGAUAUCACCGCAAAACGAUGCACCAGCUAUAAAUUUAAGCUCUUACUUCUCGAUAACUUUAUACGUGACUGUAAAUUAAAUAAUAAACAAAAAAAAAAUAUUAAAAACUAUAUAAGAGACAAGUAACAGCACCGAAAUGAACUUCAUAUAAAAUAAGCAAUAACGUCUCCACGUAAUCAACUAUAAAUUCAUCUCAUUCAAAAUUUGACUAGCCAAAGUUUUAUAAUUCCAAGUGUUGCCGAAAAUCUUUUUAAAUUGAACACCGUAUAAUCCAACUAAUGGAACUUUAACUAUAUGAAUCUCAAAUUUCAAUGGUGACUUCUUGGCAAUUUUCCUACUGCCUGUGGAUGAAACACUGGCAUUGCGUUGAUGUUGAGAUUGUGUCUUUGCUGAAGUUGCCCUUUGCUCAAUUCGAGAUGAUACCAACAUAUCACUUCCACCAAUAUAUCCAUUCAAUGAUUCUGCAGAAUCGUCCAUUUCAAACGCUUGAGAAAUCUCAAAUUCUUCUUCGUCAUCAUACAUUCCACGAAUAACUUUAGCUGCAGCUGGUGUAUUAGGCGGCAUCAUAACUUGAGAUCCAUUCUUCUUACGAUAUUGGGUAAGGAAUGAAUUACCAAUUGAGAAUUUUCGUCUAUGUCCUCCAGAUCCAGAUCCAGAUCCCGAAGCACUGCCAAUUGAAUUAGAUGAUUUAUGAGAUUUGAUACUUCCAGAAGGUGGGGCCGCACUAGGUGAUAAUGUAGUUUGAAUUUGAAUACUUGGUCGUCUACUUGGAGUUUUUGUUCCUUCUGAGGUUCCGGGAAUCUUGAAAGGUUCAUCACCAAAAGAUGAAGAAGUAGAUUUAAAUGCAUCACCAUAUAAUUGUUUCUCGGCGCUGUUUUGUGUAUCAUCAUCAUCCUGUCCUUCUUGCUCUUCAUCAUGAAUGGUACUGUUUCCUGAAUCAUUUUCUUCCCCUUCAUCAGUUUCAUUCUUUGGCUUGGUUUGAACUGAUGGUUUGUGAACACAAACAAAACCACCUUUAACUUCCUGGAAUCUAACACCUAACUUGCUCAAAAUG